GGAGGCGUGACCGUGAGAUCAGUGCUCAGUUGGGAGCUGUGAACAAUAAAGAAAUGCAUCACUGACAAAAAUGGACAACAGUAGCAGCGUCGCUAACGUUGCAGUUCAGUAGACUGUUGCUCUAUCGCCUCUCCGUUUUUUCUCCUCGUUUUCGAGAGAUAAGUUAUGGAAGGUGUAACAGGCGAAACCAAUGGAAGUCUGGUUCCGAGCAAAGCUGGGAAGGAAACUGUGAAUGGUCAACCAACCAAGGAGGUUAUCUUUGCGGACCUAAUAUGGGUUAAGCUCCAUGAAGCUUCAUGGUGGCCUGCACAGGUUGUUGAUGAGAAUUCUGUAAGUUCAGCCAAUAAACCCAGCACUAGCAGUAAAGGAUCAAGCAGUGAUGUUCUUGUUCGGUUGUAUGGAAGUUAUGUAUACAAAUAUGUAGACAUUAAUAGAUCUCGUGCUGAGUUUAAGAAUAUCCUAGUAGAAAACAAUUUCAAUCAUGAUGAUAUUUUGAAGAAAUCUCUGGAGCAGGAUCUUGCUAGCUUAAAUUCCAGCAGAUCAAGGAGGCGUCAACAGUCAAAAUCCAAGGGAACAGUUUUAACUGAGGCUUCACAAAACAGAUCAUCUGAAAAAGAUAAAUCCCAGAUAAAGGUUUCGAGCAAAAAGCGAAAGCAAGAAAAAUCCAAAACUGCUGUCGAAACCAAAAACAAAAUACCGAGUCCCGACAGGGUGCAUAACAUCUCUGAGCCAUCUACUCCAAGCAUUAUAAGUUUGAAAGCGCAAGAAAUGAGUGGGCGUCGAAUGAAGGUGAUGCAAAGUCUUGGUUUAGUUGCUCCUUCGGGGUCACCCUUCCCUCGGAACCGAGUCAUUUCACCUAAUCCAACUUAACAACCGAUCUGUUUCAUUGGGUUUAAACUUGUUUUGAUAACCUCAACUCAAUCAACAUGAUGAUGAAUGUCUUUUGGGCACACAUUUUGUUGACUCAAUUCGUGUUUGGAGUGCUGCAUCCAUGCAUUUUACAACAAAACAUACAUAUCAUACGUUUAAGUA